ACCCUGUUUUCCGGGGAGCCGCCGGAGAUCCAGCCCUUCAACACGCUGCUCUCUUACGUCCCGUCCGUGAGCAGUGAGCUGGCCGCGGCGGAGAUUUCUCCUUCUGCCCGGAUCUUAUCUUUUCCUCCAACUGUGAGCUCUUUCUCCUCUUUUUUUCCGCGCCUGACACAAACCACAGUGUUAAAGUCUGCGCGUCGGUGCUCAGCCGCCCGCAAAUCUUUGUGUCCUUGCGCUGCGCCUCGGUGGCAAUGGAUUGAUUUCAGUGUUUUUUCUCCGACCUCUGCCUCGACCAAGUUGAGAAAACAGUGUGUAACCUGCGGCUCUCUUCUUUUCACAGCUACAUGGUUCAUCCGGCCAGUUUUCAAACUACCUGGCUCCGGAUGUUUCUGCACAUUUUGGGACUUUGAACUUUUUUUUCCCCGCUUGUGCAUUUUUCCAGGAGGUGGCCGGGGGGAUUUUAAGGAUUUGUUUUUUUACUAAAAGCUUCUCCGGGGUUCCUGAAGCCUGCAAAGAUUUAUUUGUGAAAAGUGAUGGCCGAGCGGGGAGCUCUGUCGCUCCUCUCUCUUCUCUGUCUCACCUUUCUCUACACGGAGACCACCGCCGCAAAGCAUGUCGACAAAGCAGCGCAGCCCUUCAGCCCCUUCUGGUUCACAGUGGAGCCCCAGGACACACUGGCCAUUCGGGGCAACUCGGCACUGCUCAACUGCUCGGCCCACAGCGACGCAGCUACGCCAGCACGCAUAGAGUGGAAGAAAGACGGCACCUUCAUGAGCCUGGUUUCAGACGAGAGACGAAACAUACUUCCCGAUGGCUCGCUGUUCUUCACCCACGUGGUCCACUCCAAGCACAAUAAGCCCGACGAGGGUGUCUAUCAGUGCGUCGCCACUAUCGACAACCUGGGAUCCAUUUCCAGCCAGACGGCCCGUCUCUCCGUAGCAGGGAUGCCCAGGUUCGCCAGCCAGCCAUCGGCGGCCAAUGUGCAUCUAGGUAGCACCCAGGUGAUGGCAUGUGAGGUCAACUCGGAUCUGGUGCCCUUCACCCGGUGGGAGAAAGAUCGCCUCCCGCUGGAGCUGAGCACCAGGCUGGUGCAGCUGCCCAGCGGAGCCCUGGUGAUCAGCAACGCCUCGGAGGCAGACGCAGGCCUUUACCGCUGUCUGGUGGACAGUGUUGGGUCGUCCAAGUCCAGUGACGAGGCGCAGCUCCAAGUACUGCCAGAAACCGGAGAAGAGCGGAAGCUGGAGUUCCUGGUGCAGCCUGCGUCUGUGACCAAGGUGUUGGGUGCCAACGUACUACUGCCCUGCGUCGCCACAGGUUUCCCUGUGCCGCACGUCCGCUGGAUGUUUAAAGACAAGCUGCUAGAAGAAAGUGAGGGUCGUGUGGAGCUGCUGGGUGGAGGCAGUGUCCAGAUCUUCAAUCUCACAGAGGAGGAUGCCGGCAUCUACACCUGCAUGGCGGACAAUGCCAACGCAACCAUAGAAGCCCAGGCCCAGCUCACUAUACAAGUUCCUCCCCAGUUUGUGAAGCGGCCGGACAACAUUUACGCCUACGAGUCCAUGGACAUCGUCUUCGAGUGCGAGGUCUCGGGGUCACCAGCUCCCACCGUCAAAUGGGUCAAGAAUGGAGAUGCUGUCAUCCCCAGUGACUACUUCAAAAUAGUUAAGGAGCACAACCUGCAGGUUCUGGGUUUGGUCAAGUCAGACGAGGGUUUCUAUCAGUGCCUCGCCGAGAACGAUGCAGGCAACAUCCAGUCCAGCGCCCAGCUCAUCAUCUUAGAUCACGAUGUAGCCCUGCCCUCUUUCCCUCCCCCCUCACUGACUCCUAACACUACUGACCAUGUAACGCCAGGCUCCGGAGGUGUAGCCAGUCCAGCAGGGCCCACCCCCUCCGCCCCAAGAGAUGUCGUGGCUUCGCUGGUUUCCACCCGCUUCAUCAAGCUGACCUGGCGCCCGCCAGCCGAACCCCAUGGAGACGAGUUAACCUACUCUGUUUUCUACAGCCAGGAGGGCACUAGCAGGGAGCGAGUGGUGAAUACCAGCCGUCCCGGUGAGAUGCAGGUCACCAUCCAGAACCUCAUGCCAGACACCAAAUAUCGCUUCAGGGUUGUGGCCCACAACAGCAACGGGCAGGGAGAGAGCUCUGCAGCGCUCAAAGUGGCCACCCAGGCUGAAGUGCAAGUACCCGGCCCUGCUCCCAACCUCCAGGCGGUGUCCAACACGCCAACCUCUGUGUCCCUUAGCUGGGACAAACCGCUCACUGGCAAUGGAGAGAUGCUCACCUACAAGUUGUACUACACAGACAAAAGCUUUGGCACCGAACAGGAUGUGGACAUAGACAGUCAGUCAUACACCAUGACUGGUCUGAAGAAGAACACAGAGUACAGUUUCCGUGUGGUGGCCAACAACAAGCACGGUCCAGGUGUCUCCACUGAUGACGUCGUAGUUCGCACUCUGUCUGACGUACCGAGUGCUCCUCCUCAAAACCUCACCCUGGAGGUCCAGAACUCAAAGAGCAUCAUGCUUCGGUGGCAGCCUCCGCCCCUUGGCGGCCAGAAUGGGGAGAUCACUGGCUACAAGAUCAGAUACCGGAAAGGAUCACGGAGGAGUGAAGCAGCUGAGACCACCGGAGGCACCCAGCUUUACAAGCUCAUCGAUGCUUUGGAGCGUGGAACGGAGUACUCCUUCCGGGUGUCGGCCAUGACGGUGAAUGGCACAGGACCAGCCACUGACUGGACCACGGCGGAGACGUUUGAGAGCGACCUGGAUGAAUCACGAGUACCGGACAUGCCGAGCUCUCUCCAUGUCCGGCCAUUGGUCAACAGCAUCGUGGUGAGCUGGACGCCGCCAGAGAACCAGGACAUUGUGGUGCGCGGCUACACCAUCGGCUAUGGCAUCGGCAGUCCUCAUGCUCAGACCAUCAAAGUGGACUACAAGCAGCGCUACUACACCAUCGAGAACCUCGACCCCAGCUCCCACUAUGUGAUCACACUGAAGGCCUUCAAUAACGUCGGGGAGGGGAUUCCUGUGUAUGAGAGCGCCAUCACCAGACCGCAGUCAGACCCCAUAGACCCCGAUGUUGACCUGUACGAACUCUUCCAUGCUCCAUACACCCCAGUACCAGACCCCUCUCCCAUGAUGCCGCCCGUGGGCGUUCAGGCCUCUGUGCUGAGCCACGACACCAUCAAGGUGACCUGGGCCGACAACUCGCUGCCUAAGAACCAGAAGAUCACAGACAACCGCUUCUACACAGUGCGCUGGAAGACCAACAUCCCUGCCAACACUAAAGUCAAGAUGGCCAACACCACCAGCUUGAACCACAUGGUGACGGGUCUGAAACCCAACACGCUGUACGAGUUCUCCGUCAUGGUGACCAAAGGCCGCCGCACCAGCACAUGGAGCAUGACUGCACAGGGCACCACCUUUGAGACCAUUCCCAGCUCCUCCCCGAAAGACGUGACGGUGGUGAGCAAAGAGAACAAACCUCGCACCAUAAUUGUCAACUGGCAGCCUCCUUCUGAGGCAAACGGAAAGAUCACAGGCUAUAUCAUCUACUACAGCACCGACGUAAACGCAGAGGUCCACGACUGGGUCAUUGAGCCAGUGGUGGGCAACCGGCUCACCCACCAGAUCCAGGAGCUGACGCUGGACACCACCUACUACUUCAAGAUCCAGGCCCGAAACUCAAAGGGCAUGGGCCCCAUGUCUGAGGCUGUGCACUUCCGCACUCCGAAGACCUCAAAUCUUCCACCGAAGCCGGGGCCUCCAGGCAACCAGCAUCCACAGGACCCAGGAACUGCAGUUGGUAAAUCAGGGGUGGGAGGCAACAGCGAAGGUCACAUCCUGGUCAUUGUCAUCAUCAUCUCAGUGGGAGCGUUCACCAUCAUCGUGGUGGUGGUCGGGGCCUUCCUGUGCACACGGCGAACCACGUCGCACCAGAAAAAAAAGCGGGCUGCCUCUAAGUCCUCAAAUGGCUCCCACAAAUACAAGGGAAACUCCAAAGACCUGAAGCCACCAGAUCUUUGGAUUCACCACGAGAGGCUGGAGCUGAAACCCAUGGACAAGUCGCCAGAUCCUAACCCAGUCAUGACCGAAACACCCAUCCCCCGCACCUCGCAGGACAUCACGCCUGCUGAUAGCGGCCUGGAUAGCAACCCCCACCUGCAGCAGCGGCGCAACUCCUACCGUGGCCACGAAUCAGAGGACAGCAUGUCUACACUAGCAGGCCGACGAGGGAUGAGGCCUAAAAUGAUGAUGCCUUUUGACGCUCAGCCGCCUCAGCCUGUGAUUAGUGCUCACCCCAUCCAUUCCCUCGAUAACCAUCACCACCAUUAUCACAUGGGCAGCCUGGCGUCGCCAACACGCAGCUACCUCUACCACCAGGGGAGCGGGCACUCACGCCCGCACGCCUGCGCCACCCCUAUCUCCCAUCUAGACAGGGUGGACUCUACAGAGUCAGUGAGGAACACCCCCAGUACGGAGCCCCUCCCUCCAGCCACCGCCUCCUCCCAGGCCUCCUGCCCCUCGGAGAUCAUGGCCGACCCCGAGGGCAGCUACCACGGCUCCACCACCACGGAGGAGGAGGCCAGCUACUCCAGCAACCUGCCCCCUCACCGCUCGGCUCACCCACACGCCCACGCCCACCCGCUCAAGAGCUUCGCCGUACCCGCCAUCCCAGCCACCAGCCAUCCAUCAUACGAGUCUCCCGCCCUGCCCAGCACGCCCCUGCUUGCUCAGACCGGGCCUCCAACUCACCCCCAUGUUGUUAAAACAGCCUCUAUCGGAACACUAGGAAGGACACGAACACCGAUGGUCGUCACUGUGCCCAACGCCCCUGAUGUGCCAGAGACCAGCAAGAUGCUGGAAGAUGUAGACAGCGUGCUUGCCUCCCUCCCCCCCUGCCCCUCCCCCGCCCCUCGCAGUAACCCUGUUCCUCUCCCUCAGAGCUACGAGCCCGACGAGCUGACCGAGGAGAUGGCCCACCUCGAGGGCCUCAUGAAGGACCUGAACGCCAUCACCACAGCGCCAUGAGCAUGCACACACACCCACACACACACACACACACUUUCUCUAUCAUACACACACACAGAAAGACACACACUCUAAUGUCAAACACACCCAAACACAAGCCUUGGGAGCCAGAGGCUGGUGGACACAAAAUGGCUUCAUGUGCCCAAGAAAACUCUCAUGUCCCCCUGCAGAGAAAAAAAAAAACAAACAAACUCCAGACUGAAACUUAGGAACUUUUUUCGGCUUACCUUGCUCAGUCUCAGGAAGGAGAUUGCCAUGAGAGGGAAGAAAAAGUGACACGCUUCAUCUUUUUAUGAAGAACCAUUCUCAGAGACAAUGAACUUUUAAAACAUUGGUCGCUUUCAACCGGAAGAUUGUGAAUUUUUUCCUCAGCAAAAAUGCGUGCGGUAGGUUUUUUUCGGCGGCGGCGAACGCUUGCUCACGAUGAGACAACGGUUGAUUCAAGUCAAAAGGAGAAUGUCCCAAAAUAUGCUGGUUUUAAUGUUGGUGCUCAUGUGGCGCAGUCUACACACAGUGUUUGUUUUAGUGUUUUCUUUGUGCAUUUUGUAUAUCUAUUGGGCCGUUUCAGUGAAGUGAACAUUGGAUAUCAGCCCCCCCUUUACAAGCCUACAUUAUUCAUAAACGUGGUCAAUUUUUUUUUUUUUUGUUUCUACCCCCUUGUGUCAUAUAUUGUGCCAUGACUUUUUAUUAUUUUCUAUGUUAUUGUAUUAUUUUUUUUACACACAUAUCCUUAUUAACAUGUACAUAUGUUGUGUUUUUUUUUUUAAACUGCCUCAUUCUUUUGAUGUUUCCCGUUGUUUCAUUGUUAUUUUUUGGGAUGAAAGUGGGAUUACAAGUGAGUCCUGAAGCUCAGUUUUCAUAUCAAAAGGGGAGAGAGAGCCUGAUGUGUUUUACAGUAUGUUGUUCUCUGGCAUUGUUUUUUUUCCCCCUUUGUACAUUGAAACAGCUUCUUUUUUCAGUCUUUUGUUCGUUGUUGUGGGAGCUCCGUUUUAAAAGCCUUACCAACGUGUUUGUAUGUUGGACAGUCGAGACAUCUCGGCUCUCCGCGGAUGUCGCUCAGAGUUGUGCUGUCACUCACCGCCAUGGCAGUUUCUAUGUAGUUCUGUGGGACUUGACAGUAUCUCCUCACAGGUCAGGGGUACCUAGGACUCAGGGCGCUGACCCCCCUCCCCACCCCUCUUUAAAAAAGAUUUAAAAAAAUAAAAAUAAAAAACAAGUCACAUGGCACCCAAUCAAUCAAUCACCUGCAACAGACGAGUUAUCUUUUAUAUGAGAAGUUCGAUCGAAUGUGUGUGUCGUUUCCAAAAACCAAUAUUUGGUUUCAGACGUCCGUACUGCUGAACCACGUGUGCAUUUUCCCACAGCGGAGUGUGUUUUGCUGUUUUUAUUUUGUUCCUGCUGUUGUCAUCAGAUGCCCUGGUUCUUUUACAAAUCUUAGAAGAUGCAAAGAUGUUGGCCUUUUGAAUGGGACUCCCAGAAUUUUUUUUUUACAUGGUACUUUUUGUAUGAAGAAGAAAAAAAAACGAAGCUUGUUCUAUACACAAAUCCGAUGUAAAAAGGAAAAAAAAGUUCAUCUAAGAAACUAGUUUUUCAUUACCCUCUUACCCAAAGAAAUUUGUCAUUUGCAAUCAUAGUAAUUUGCUCUACUUUUGUGAAUACCAUGUUUCUCAUAAAUGUACAUCGUCAUGAAUGUCAAUAUAACUGUAAGAGAUUUUAACUAUGGAUACAAACAAGGAACAAGUUUUGGGGGGAAAAAAUGAUUGAAAACAAAGGGGGAGAAAAAAAAAAAGGACCGGACUCCAUUUGGGAAAUAAUCUAUUGAGUUGUAAACAGUUGAACCUGUAUUGCACUUUUUCACAAUUUUUGAAAAGUACAUUUCUUACAUAUCUUGUGUUUUAAAUAUCAAAAGCUGUUUGUGUAACGUAGUGUCCUAGGUAAGCAGCAGGCAGCUGGUCUUGUUUUUUAUGUUUAUUUUUUUCUUUGCUUCAGAGAUGAUAUGAAUUUGAGCGGGCCGAGGUGUUCACUCCGCAGCUCACGAUGAGGAAUUCUGUUGUUGCUUGUUCAUGUACAGAGCUUUCUUUGCUUUCUGUAGAAAAAAAAAAUCUGUGGCUUUUUAAAAAAUGUCGAAAAAAGUUUGGAAAAAAAAAGAUGUUUUUUUAUUGGUGCUCCUAUACAUUGUGUAUACAAACUAUUAUGAAUA